UGGCCAGCGGUAAAUAUUUUGGACCCAAGACAAUAGUCCUUUUGUUGUCGUCCAGCCAAAGCUGUAAGAAGCAGAAAACAUGAGAUGAACAAAUAGUUUUUAUUUCACUAUAAAAUAAUAUCACCUCUCAGGGGUGCUACUAGGAGCUUUAAUGAGGACCUUCAGUGAGAAUCCAACAAAUCAUUAAUCACUGUCAUGAUUGCCCCCAUGGUUAACUCUGACUUUAGACUUUAUUCAAGAGGCGGCAGUGAAUGCUUUUACACUUUUCCCCAUCUUCCCACAUCAUUUCAUGAAUAGUGAAACACAAGGAGGACAAGGUUAAAAAGAAAAGUGAAAAAUAAAGAGUAACAUGGACGUGGUAUUGCACAGAUCCGAGUGUGUGCCACGCCUGCUGUUCAUAGAGAGACUUAAAGAGUCUGUAUCAUCCUGUCAUUUCAUGGCUGGCUGCCUGCACAUACAAAUACAGCUCCCUGUAGACAUUUUCAUGCAUGGUGACUUCUUGUUCUGGGAAUAAAACUGCCACUGGAACAGCUUGAGUCACUUUGGGGAUAUAAGCCAGGGUGAAAAAGUCAGCCAUGAACGGCAAAGAUAAAGCAGCUGCUCUCUAUAUCCAUGGUCCUUUUGUCCUGCAACCCCCCACUCAUAGUACAUACAGUAGUAGUAAUAAUUUUUAUCUGUGGUGCCUACAUGACACACAACAUUGUGGAAAAGGACACUGUGCUGCAGCAUUAUGGGCUCCAAGGUGUGCAUCCAUCUGUUCUUGGUCAUACUAGCAACCACAUUUAUGACCACUUAGACCCAACAAUAAAAACCUCAACACGCAACGGUUGGCUCUCAGCUGAAAGUCAAUAAUUGCCCUUUAAUAGAUGUUUCAGAUGAGUAACAAAGUGCCAUAAUUAACCUUAAUGCAGGACAAUUUAAAGGCUGAAUACCUUGUUAACCAACCCAAAUGCAACUAAAAGACCGGUUCAGAGCAGAGUCACGCAAACAAAGUCACACUCAACAACGAAUGCUGUACAAAACACAAAUGAGAAAAAGGUGCACUUGAGCAGCUAAUUGCUUCGAUUAAGGGAAGAUCACACACUGGGAUGAAUAAAGUAGGUUCAAGCCAGUAUUAUGUAAUGGGAAACAGCACUAUCUCCCCUCCCCUUGCCUGGAUCCGCUCAGCCCUUGGUUACUAUGCAAACAGUGGUUAAGACCUGUUUGGAAGACCAUAGCCACUCAGACCAGAGCCUUUCGGACUAUCACAGGAAUAGCAUAGUAAUCCAAGCAACACCGGAGAAUUACUUUGUUACUGUUCAUUUCAGAUCCUAAACUUAUUUAUUCCCUCUAUGACAGAAGGUCAUGUUAAUUGUACAGUAACUCUUCUGCUGGUGAAGUUUACAGGAUACAAGUCUCUGAAGAGCUUCUAAAUGGACAAGAUACCUCCUGCUGCUGUGACCACUUAGCGUCAAGUAGCAUUGACUGCUUUAAAGUGGAAGGCCUGUUAGCAACCACUGGGAUGAAUUUGUCCACUGUUGCCUGGUUUCAAGAAAUCAAUACAGCCACAGAGUAACUGCUGCACUGACAUCGCUCCAGCUUUGACCCAAACCGCUCCUCCUUGGAUUAUGGAUGACAUGCUGAUGCAGACAAGGAAAAGCCAGUGUACAAGGAUUGCUCUUUAAGGUCAUGUUUAUUAUUUUGUUUUUGCUUUUUGAGUAAAACUGGAUCCCACCAAAAUAUUUUAAGAGAAGUUUUUCCGAGACUAUCACUUUUUUUUUUUUAAUCUAGAGGUAUGAGGUCGUAUCCAAUCAUCUUUAAGUAGUUAUAAUUUCUGGGACACAGUGAAGGUGACACAGUGGAAGGACAACUUUUAAGGGGGAUUAAACCAGACACUUACAGGCGCGUGUGUGGCUUCAGAGGUAGUGUACUUAACCGCUAUUCACUAUCUGUGCACCAACUGCCUAAUGAUGGACUGUAUAUUUUUGCAGAUAACAUGUACAACUCCACACCCAAAAAAUAAAACUAAGCUGGAAUAUAUUCUUUCAAUUCUGUUUUUCUGCAGAUAAUAAAUGUCAACCAGGAAGUCUGACCAAUGCAAUAUUAUCUGCUUAACUUAAACUGCUAUCAUUAUGAGAGUGUUUAAUGGAGUUGAUUAAGACACGAACUGGAGCCAACAAACGCAUCACCCAGACACUGCAUAAACAUGCUGUUCUGAUGCUUAAAUUUAACAGGCCAUUAGAUUAAUUACUCAAUGAACUUUUAUUGUGAAUGCAUGGAGACGUUGGGGCAGCAAGUAAACAGCAGCAGCCUUGGCCAAAUGAAUAGGGCUGAUAACGCUUUGGUUAAAGCCAUGGUUCCCAUUCUGGACGGACUAAUCCUGGUGACUGGCCUGGUGGGCCAAACCCUGGUCAUCACCAUUCUAACUGGCAGGAAGAGGAAAGAAAGUCAACCCCUGCAUGGCACAGACACCCUGCUGCUUGCUCUGAGUGCUGCUGACCUGCUGCUGCUGUUAUGCCUGCCUUUCCACACCUCUGCCAUCACCCUGGGCUUCUGGCCUUUUGGCAGCUUCCUGUGCAAGGCCGUCAGCUUCCUGGGUGUGGCCUGCUCAGCUGCUUCAGUCUUUACCCUGGCUGCUCUGGCUGUGACCCGUUACCUGAUCGUGGUACACCCCACCUGGGCGUACCGUUCAAGAGUGCACCAACGCGUAAAGCUAACGGUAGCUCUUCUCUGGGUCCCUGCCUCGGCCUUGGCAGCACCGCAGUUUGCCUUCCGCACAAUUACCGUGUCCAGCUCUGUGUACUGCUUUGCCUUCCUGUCUGACUUCAGCCAGCUGGUCUACAGCAUCGCCCUCUUCCUGUUCGGCUUCGCUCUACCACUGGGCAUUAUUGUAUUGAUGUAUGCCAAGAUCUACUGUUUUCUUCGACACGCACGGCUGCUGGGGAACGCUCCCCAGCUGGAGCGCUACCAGAGCCAGGUCACUCACACUUCAGCUCUCCUGGUCCUGGUCUUCACUCUCCUCUGGCUGCCCUCCUAUGCCCUCAUGUUCUCCUUUAUUGGAGGGACCCUAACAAGCUCACCUGGCUACAAUACCAUUGCCAUCAUUGCCAGACUGCUGGCAUCCUCAGUAGCAGUGGUAAACCCUGUACUGUAUGCGUUUGUGUCUCAGAAGUUUAGACGAGAUUUAGUAGAGCUGGGGCGAGAACGCUGGGCCUGGUGCAAAGGCUGUCUGACUGGUUGCCCUUGUGUGAUGGCCAGUGACAUGGUACAGCCAUUUGAGCUGGACACAACCUCAGAAAGAGGCCAGAACUGACUCUUUGGCCAGAAAUAUCAUGGUGUUCAUAUAAAAAGAACAUUUUACCAUCUCUCUAUAUAUUUAUAUAUCCCUAUAUGGAACUGUAUGCAAGACUACAUGUGCAAUACUCCAAGGUGAUGUUAAAUGCAUUGAACUGUUAUGUAUUAAAUCAGAUUAAACUCUUCAUGUGUGAACUAAAAAACAAGUUUGUUGUAAAUACAAUUUCCUUGGAUUUAAUCAGUUGUACAGCAUAAUGUAAUAAACACCAGCAUCAUAUAAUCACUUUAUAGUUAUACUAAAACUUAAUAUGAUAAUAUUUAUUUAUUGCCUUAUCUUGAAUUAUUACACUCCAAAUCUUAGCUGUAUUAAAUUCUCCUUCAACUAUAAUGCAUUCUGUAGUUGGUAGCCAUCCUUUGCACAAUCUGUUCAAAACCCUGAUCUCAAUGCAGCAUCAAUAAAACACACUAACCCCAUGCACUUUACUUGUUUUCCUGUCUUUCCUAUCAAAUAAUUAAUGUUUUGAAUAUUGCUUGCUAAGAACAGCUUUGGUCCAGGGCUUUUAAGUGUGAUGCAUUUCUGGAUGGAGUUCAACAACCUACUCCUGAAUCAUUUACACAGAGAGGGAUUUAAAAGACACUUCAGUGUUGAAACAAGCAAAAAGCACAGUGUGUGUGUGUGUGUGUGUGUGUCUUCUUCAAGUGGCAGCCCUAAGUGAUGUCAAUCUCCUCUAGUUGAGAAGCUGCAGCUGUGUGUACAUUACAGUGGAUCCUCCAGGGUGCUUGUGUUGUCAAUAUGUGUGAUGAUGGCUGUUUACAGUGUUGAGGAGACGAGGGACAACAUUCUAUUAUUAAUGGACAGGAUAGAAGAAAUGGUACCACAAAAAAGCACAGCUGAAAUUUAUGUAGAAAGACAGAACGGACAGAAAGGUUUAGGUGUGAUAAGAGAUGCUUAGAAGAGUUUUGUGGAUUUUCUGAGGUGUUGAAAGCAAUGACAUGUAAUUGAUG